UUUCAUACCUGUGCACUAGAUAGAAAUUAAACAGGCCCAAUACAGCAAAAAAAACCUGUAUCUAUUCAUAUCUGACAGUCAUAUAGCUGUAAAAAUCAACAUAUAGUCUAGACACGCAGGAAAGAAAAAGACAGGAAGCUGCUUUAUCAUAAACCAGGGUUCACACAUAAUACUGAACCAUAAUGAGGAUGGUAUUUAUUUUUAACUUGGCUUAACACUGUAUGUGAACUAGACACUAGAAAAUGUUUGCUAAUGUGCUAUGCCAUCAGUGGGCCUCAGCCCCCGCCUCCAAAAUUGCACACUCUUUGACUUGUUAGAGCCACAGUUGUCUUUGACUCAUUAGUUUAGCCAAAUUAAGAUAAAUCAAAUUGUGGCUUGGGGCCAUGUGUGAUUGGAAUCUUUUUCUCUCUGGGAAGUGUAUUGGGAGAAGUUACUGAGAUAUUAUUUAUUUACUACAUUUUGAAACCAGCGAUCAGCAACAGCUGCUAGGCCAUAAACCACCAAUACAGAAAUUCUUGGCUAAAGAUAAUCGGUGCCAGACGAUGCAAAGUUUUCAUAAUUUUUUUAAGGCUUUCUGGAACGGGAAGAGGAAACUUGUAAAGACUGACUUCCCUUCCCGAUGCGUUCCCUAUCUCUGAGCUGAAAAAUAUCCUAGGAGAUAAACAAGAAAAUAAGAAGUCUUACCACCGAGAUACAACGAGCUGGAGGGGCGAAGGAUAUGAUGUAGCCUCGGGAUCCCCGCAGCCUGAGGGAGUUCUUGGCCCGCCACGUGGCCACGACCACGUCAGAAAGCGGCCUCGGACCUCAAUUCCCGCUCCCCGGAUCACCAGCUAUGGUGACAUGGUUCCAAGCACCAUUGCAGGGAAGAUCUUUGGAUCCAUCUGCUCUCUAAGUGGGGUGCUGGUCAUCGCCCUUCCUGUACCUGUCAUUGUUUCCAACUUCAGCCGUAUCUACCACCAAAAUCAGCGGGCAGAUAAGCGACGAGCUCAGCAGAAAGUUCGCCUGGCCCGAAUACGACUGGCCAAGAGUGGCACUACCAACGCUUACCUUCAGUACAAGCAGAAUGGAGGCCUUGAGGACAGAGAUCCUGAUGCACGUGCCUUGGCAGUGCGCAACCGAUCAGCUUUUGAACAACAGCACCACCAUCUCUUGCACUGCUUGGAGAAAACUACAAGUCAUGAGUUUACUGAUGAACAUACCUACAGUGACUUUUGUCUGACUGAGCCCCCGGGUUAUCGCACCAGCCGCAGCACCUCUCUCUCCUCUCAGCAAGGAAGCAAAGGGCUUCUAAGCACCUCCUGCUGCCCCCGCCGCAACAGGCGCCGCACCACCCGCCUCACCAACUCCACCAUGUCUGUGAGCCGUGCCAGUGCUCAAGAGCUGGAUAUGUUGAACAGCCAGAAAAGUGCUGCCCCCCAGAGUCGUUCCAAUCUCAAUGCCAAAACCCACGACAACUUGAAGCUGAACUGUGACACCACUGACUUCACAGCAGCCAUUAUCUGCAUCCCCACUCCUCCUGCCAACACCCCAGAUGACAGUCAGCCUCCAUCACCUAGAGGCCCUGGUGGACCCAUACGCAAUUCCAGCCUUUCCCCUCCGUACCUUCUUCACGAGACUGUCAAGAUCUCCUCCUUGUAAGAGGAGGCUGGGGUGGGGUCGGGUUGGUGGUCCUUUCUCUUUCUGGAGUCCCUGUUGGUCAACAGAGUCUUAUUUAGGAUCUGGGGAUGGGCUCUUCCACAUCAGUGUUCCACCCCAUCCUGUUGCUGC